UGUGGGGAGGAAAGUCGUUGCCAUUCGACCUCUGCGGGGCCUGCGCGGACGCAGCGAGAACCCUGAAAAUGUCAUUAUGCGCUUAAAAGAGCGAUUUAUUUCCGCAUAACCGACACACUCUCACCGGCCGAGGGCCCGGCGACCGAUAAAAGAGCGGCGGAGGGAGGACGAGCAACGACGGCGGGUGGGAGACGGCGAGGAGACGGAAGGAAAAAAAAAGAACAUUUUGCCGUGGCGGGGGGAAUCCUGUUGAGACGUUUAUCAUAAGCGCAAGAAAAUGUCCGGUGAGAGGAACCGCAGGUCGCUGGCGUUCCGAGGCGGUGGACUAGCCGGGCUAACGGGCUCCGGGGGCUCCAGCUCCGGCGGCGCGGGGAACGGUAACAGCUGGGAGGCCCCGGCCUGCCAGGACCGACAUUUUAACGGCAACCGGCCGGACCAAGACGACGACGGGGACCUGCGGGCGACGGGACCAACGCGGAAGCGGCUGGAGGGCGCGGGCUCGGUGAGCGACAGCACGGAGCCCGAGGCGGAGGAGGAAGAGGACGCGGAGGGGGCCGCCGUCGGCAACCGCGGCGGCGUCGCCGACUCGGCGGCGAAUGGCUACAAGGAAGCGGGCAGCGAAAACUGUGCCGAGUCGGGAGGACCCAGGAAAUGCGGCGUGGAGAUGAGACCGCAGACGCUGCUCCAGAAGCACUCGCUCUUCCACGCGUCGUGGCUCCACGAGUUCCCGUGGCUGCGCUUCUGUCAGCAGACGGGGCUCAUGUCGUGCUCGUGGUGCCGCGACGUCGCCACCCGGAGCGGCGACGAGCUCGCCAAGGGCAGCCGGAGCUACAAGCGGGCCCUGCUCCUCCGACAUCACCUGUCGUCCGACCACGGCAGGAAUGACCCCAGCAAACAGGAGUCGGGGAGGCCCUCAGACAACGCCAGCCCGUCCACCAACUCCUCGGAGGACGACUACCGCAACAAGCCCAACGAGAACUCGUACUGCUACCAGCUGCUGCAGGAGCUGGACAAGCAGCGCAAAAGCGGCAUCCUGUGCGACGUCAGCAUCGUGGUGUCGGGCCAGGUGUUCCGCGCCCACAAGAACAUCCUGGUGGCGGGCAGCCGCUACUUCAAGACCCUUUACUGCCUGACGCAGAGCGAGGCGCAGGACCGGGCCACCGUCACUCACCUGGACGUGGCCGCCGUGCAGGGUUUCUCGGUCAUCCUGGACUUCCUCUACUCGGGCAACCUGCUGCUCACCAGCCAGAACGCCAUCGAGGUCAUGUCGGUGGCCAGCUACCUGCAGAUGACCGAGGUGGUGCAGUCGUGCCGGGCGUUCAUCAAAGACGCGCUCAACAUCAGCAUCAAGCAGGAGGCGCCCGACUCUGUAGUGGUGGACUAUAACAAGCGGCAGACUGUGGCCAAGGAGGGGCAGCGGGGGCGCCCCGACCGCAAGCCCAGCAACUUCUGGGCCACCAGCAUCCUCUCCAAGCUGUCCAUCAAAGCCAGCAACAACCAAGGAAAGGAGGCCGAGGAGGACGCCGAGGAGGACGCCGGCAGGGUGAAGGAGGAGUCCAGCGACGUAGAGGUGACGCAGGUCGGGGCCGGUCCCCCCGGCGCCCCUUCGGGGAGCUGGAGCCACCACGACGACAAUUCCUCCGACUCGGCCGACAACAAUGAGGCCCGCGCGCAGGUUUUCGUCUGGAACGAGCCGGGCACGGGGGCGGCCAUCAAGCGCGAGGCCCCCGACGCCGCCGUCGUUGGCAGCGGGCGCCGGAAAAAGCAGGCCACCACGCGGAGGUUCGUCUACAACUUCCCGCCCGAGCCCGAAGAAGGCUUCGACGAGGGCAUGUUCAUCCAGCCGUCCGCCUCCUACCCCCGAGAGGACUUCUCGUCGCUCUCGGAAAACGCCGAGCUGGCCAAUCAGAUCCAGUAUAGCAUCAUCCAGCCAGGGGAAUCCUGGGAGAAUGGCGAGUCGCCGCUGCUGGCCAUCAACAAGCUGAAGUGUCCGCACUGCAACUACAUCGCCAAGCACCGGCGCACCCUCAAGAGGCACCUGGUCAUCCACUCGGGCGUGCGCUCCUUCAGCUGCGACAUCUGCGGGAAGCUGUUCACCCGUCGCGAGCACGUCAAGAGACAUUCCCUGGUGCACAAGAAAGACAAGAAGUACAAGUGCAUGGUUUGCAAGAAGAUCUUCAUGCUGGCGGCCAGCGUGGGCAUCCGCCACGGCUCGCGGCGCUACGGCGUCUGCGUGGACUGCGCCGACUCGCACCAGACCACCCAGGAGGGCCUGGAGGCCAUGGAGUUCCCCCGGGACGAUGACUUCGAGGGCGACGAGGGCGACGACCUGCUGGAGGGCGACGACUCCGCCUCCGCCGACCACGACCGAGCCGCCUGGGCCCGCGGGGGCAGCGCUUGCGCUGCCCCUCCGGUGGACGACAAGGAGUUCUAGCCUCAUGGUUUUUGUUUUUUAAAUAUAUGUAAGCUGGUAAACAAUCAACUCCAAAAGUGCUAUCAAAACCCUGAGGUUGCUUAAUUGCGCGAGUUUGACAAAGAUAUUAGAGACGACAACAACAAAAAAGCUUUGGUAGUGUGGGAAUCCCGCCAUGUACAGAUUUAAUUAUUAUUAUUAUUGUUAAUGCCCACCAGAGAAAGAUUAUAUGAAAGAAAAAUCAGGUUUUGGGGGGGGGGGGUGUAUGUAUGUUUUCUUUUAAAUAGGUGGGGAGGGCUAGCUAGGCCAAUCAUUUGGACGUAAAAAAAAUGUAAUUAUUUAAUUUAAGAAGAUUUUAUGGUCUUAUCACGGAUCUAAUUUUUAUCGUUAAUUUUUUCCUUUUUUUUUUUAACUUGCUGUGUAGAUGGCGUUUAGUUGCGCUAAAAUUCUAUAUUAUUCCGUUUUUCUUUUUUUUUUUUCCCCUGCGCAAAUCUUGGAACCAAAAAAACUGUUUGGUGACUGUUAUCUCAGCCAUAUUUAUAAGAUAAAUUAAUAAAAAUAAAAAUAAAAAACGAGGGCUGUGACGACGUCGUGCCAAACAGAGACCGCACACCAAGAUGGAGCAGGAAAACUACUGAAUACGCUUCAAUGAAAAGACACCUUUAUUUGAUUUUUUUUUUUUUAAAUUAAAUAAAGAAUUUUUACGAAAAAAAAAUAUUUAAAAGUAUAAGAAGUAAAGCGCGAGGGAGGGGGCUGUUCUAGCUAGCUUUAUACCAAUCGCCGCGUCACGCUAACACUUUAAAAAAGCAUUUGACCUUCACUUAAAGCUUGAAUCGUUUGUUGUUUUGUUUUUUAUGCCAAAUGACGACGUUUGGUGCUGUAAUGCUUUGUCGCAGAAUACUGGACCUACAAAACAAGCGAGGCUUUAAUUCUUAUGAUGUCUGUCGUCAUGAAAGACAAAAAAAUAAGCUUCAAUGGUAUAACUGACGCUUCACCUCCUCUCUACAACACUAUAGCCUCUUUCACGCAGAGAUCCCACCCCAAAAAAAAAACACAAAACGAAGACCCAGCAUUUGUCUGCCUUUGCCUGUCACGCCAUCCCCAGCAAAAAGCCAGGCUUUAAUUCUUAUGUUUGUCGUCAUAAGAAGCUUCAAGUGAAUCAGAGCUGUAACCGAAGAUCUGAAGUUUAUCCGUCUCUGCCUUUCACACAGAAGCGUGUCUGGUGUUAAACUUCAUCACAGAAUAAUGCCCUUACAGGCGGCUUCGUCGCAAAAUACUGGACCUACAGCAUGGUUUUAAUUCUUAUGAUUUCUGUCAUCAUCAAAACCUUCUUUUCCUACACCACCAACCUCUAUCACACAGAGAUCUUGCAAAAAAUGGGUCGGAGAAACUGAGUGUUAAACUUCACACCCCUGUUUCGGCAUUGCGGAAUAUGGCUUUAAUUCUUAUUGUCUGUCGUCAUUAAAAUCUUUACCUCUAUCAACACUAGCCUAUUUGCAAAAAUAGGGCAGGAGAAGUUGGGUGUUAAACUUCACACCACCGUCACAUCAUGGAAUACUAGACCUACAGUUACGGGUUUAAUUCAUAUGAUUUCUCAUUGUCAAAACCUUUACUUCUGACAACACUAACCUCUUUCACGCAGUCUUGCAAAAUAGGGUAGGAGAAGUUGAGUGUUAAACUUAACAUCCCUGGCCUAACAUCAUGUAAUACUGGACCUACAAUACAGCUUUAAAUCUUAUGAUGUCUCAUCAUUAAAACCUCCCUUUUCAACAGCAGUCGCCUCUUUUAGAGAGAGUCUUGCAAAAACAGGUUAGGAGAAGUUGGGUGUUAAACGUCACUUUCUUGUCCUGGCAUUGUUGAACUCUGGACCUACAGUACGGCUUUAAUUCUUAUGGUGUUAUUCAACAUAACAAGCUUCACCUCCGACAACCCCAGACUCUUUCACGCAGAUUGGUUGCAUCUGCCUUUGCCUUGCCAACGGGUGUCGGGUAUUAAACUUCACAUACUGGACCCGCGGUAUGGGCUUUAAUUCUUAUGACGUUACUCAAACAGUGAAAACCUUGACUUCCAGCAACACCAAACCUGCAUUGAAAAAUUGGCAUCAGAGCCGUAACAGAAGACCUACCUUUUCCACCGAGCCUAGCGGAAAUUGGACGCAGCGACACGGCAUCCCUUUAAUUGGAUCAUUCGACAACAAAUAAAAAUACUGACCAAAAAAAUAAAAAAUAAACCUGCCGGGUUUCAGACUUCACACCCUGGUCUUGUCCCGCCUCUGUUACGGCUCUGAUGCUACCUCCCGAGGCGGAAGAAUUGCUGGGUCAUGGCAAAAAAAAAAAAAAAGGCGGAAAAAUGCCGGUGUAAAAGGGGCUUCUGUGGACUAUCAGGUAAUCUUUGCCAUUCUUUUUUUGUUUUACUUUUAACGUGUGCGGUUUUUUUUUUGUUUUUCCCGUCUAACUACCUGCAGUACUUUUCCGUGUUAAUUAUGCGUUAUGAGGACCUAAGUGGACGUCUUUUUGUUUAUAUUUGGUACCGAGUUAUAUACGCCGUUUAUAUAUAUAUAUAUAUAUAUAUAUAUAUAUAUAUAUUUGGAAUCAUUUGAUUGUGACGGGACGUCCAAAGCGUAUUUUUCUUUGGGGGGGGGGGCGCGUAACUCCAUUUUUGUUUUGUUUUUUGUCAUUUGAUUUCCAUUUAAUUUGGUCUGCCAGGUUGUUUUUGUUUUUUUUUUUUUUAAAAAAAAAAAGAAAAAAACACUUCUUUGUUUCCACAAGACAAAAACGAGUGAAGCUCUAUGGCGCCAUCAUAGACAUGCACUUACUUUUUGUGAUCGUUUUUUUCUUAUUUUCAAUGUUUGCCCCAAAAAGCGGGUCUGAAUGGAACUUUUUCUUCGUUUUUUGUUAUUUAAUAUAUAUGUUGACUCCAAAAAAAAUGCAAUCAAGACUGUUAAUUUCUAUUUUUUCCAACCAAAAUUAUUAUUACUAUUAUUGUUAUUGUUGUUAAUUAUUAUUAUUAUUAUUAUUAAGGGUGGGAGGAGCCGGGCAACAUGUUAAUGCGACCAUUCACUUUACUCCUCCGCCUUUUUGAUUGUUUCCUCCCGUGACUUCAGCACAUCGCUUUUCUUAAUAGUGCGUGUGGAGCGGGUGUGGGUGUGUGUGUGUGUGCGUGUGUGUGUGUGUGUGUGUGUGUGUGAAUAUAUAUAUAUGUAUACACGCACACACACAAUUAUACAGUAUGUGUGUUCAUAUGCAGUUUGUACGGGACACCUCAUCUUCCUUCUCGUGUCACUUUCAAAAAUCACUGUGGGUAGGGCCUACGAUAUAACAAAUAUAUAUAUAUACAUAUAUACGUGGAGAAUCUAUGAGAUAUGAAUAUAUAUAUAUAUAUAUUUUAAAAAAUCUAUUAUUUAACUUCCUUCCGCUUUGCUGUGUGCUGUUUGCCCGUCACUUCCUGUCUCUUUUAUAUAUAUAUAUAUAUAUAUAUAUAUAUAUAUGAUUCGCGCCAUCCUACUGAUUUUUAUUGUACAUUUUUAAUGCUGUAUUUCUUUUAUGGACAUCAAUAAGCAAAACAAAACAAAAAAACACCACACUACAGAUUUUUGUUUCCCCCCACACACACACACACACACCAUACGCAUCUAUUCCCAGCUGUAUUUUUUUACGCUUUUAAGAUUUUCAAACACACACAAAAAGUUGUAUUUUUCAACUUAUUUGCUCUGACAGCGAUGCAAAACUCGGUGCCCUCCGAACACAAAAAAAAAAGCAAAAUUCAGGUUACUCUUUUUACGUUUUUACCAGAACUUUUCAAAGAUGGAACUUAACAUUCUCCUGGUUUGUUUCUCUUCUCUCUGUUUUAAAAAAAAAUGUACUACUGUUCCUCUGUGUACUACAUUUUAAGAAUAAAACUUUGAUAUUGCUCUCA